AAAUGAAUAAUAGAAUAAUUGGCUUCGAUUAUGUGUUCAGAUUUACAUUUAUUCGUUAAAUUCAGGCACUCCACAGUGGAUAAAUGGACCGCCAGCAGAUCUGAACCUCCCCGAAGAGGCUGACGCUAAACUGCGAUGUCGGGCAUCAGGCGAUCCUCCUCCGUUGGUAAAAUGGUUCAUUAACGGAAAGCCAAUAAGUGAUUUCAACAAUCCCCGGCUUCAAAUUCUGGAAAUGGGCGAGUUGUUGCACAUCAGAAAGCUAAACCACGACAUCGAUACGGCUGUCUACCAGUGCAACGUCUCCAACCCAUUGGGUUACGUGUUCGCUAACGCCUAUAUAAAUGUAUUCGCCCACGAACCGCGGUUCACUUCGCCUGUAGAUCAGAUCAUUAAAACCACCAUCGGGAGCUCCGUUUACCUUGACUGUGACGUUGAAGCGGCACCCUUGGCCAAAAUCAAGUGGAUGGAUAGCAAAGACCGGGAAAUUGGCUUUAUGGAUAGCAAAUUUGAGCUUAUGGGAAACAAUACACUGAAGAUCUCGGAAGUGAACCUGUUAGAUAGCGGCUUGUUUUUUUGCCUAGUAAACAACAAGUACGGUAUUAACAGGGCUAAACGCAAGCUGGAAGUUUACAGACCUACGUAUUUCACCGUCAUUCUUCCAAAAGAAAACAUUGUCGCGGAGGCCGGCAUGACGAUUCCUCUCAGAUGUGAGGCAGAAAAGGACGGCAGAUUACGUAUUCACUACUCGUGGUUCAAAGAUGACGUGGAUAUUGCGCAGAAGCUUUCGAAGGAUCCUGCAUACAAGUUUGUGGAGCAAAACCUGUUGCACAUCGUGAACGUUGGAGGUCGACAUUCUGGUAUCUACAAAUGCGUGGCUAAAACCGAUGUCGAUUCGGUCGAAACAUCGAUGCUGCUCACUGUAAAAGACGUCCCCGAUAGUCCAUUGAUCAUCGAUAUCAAUUGUGACGAGCGACGAGCUUUGGUAAAAUGGGCAGCCGCGUUUGACAACUACGAAUCGAUGGAAAAGUAUUUUGUAGAGUACCAAACAGAGUUUCAUCCCAAUCUUUGGACACUUGCAGUGGUACGUUAA